CUGGUAUGAUUCAAAAUACAAAGUGGUAACCAUAAUAAAGAAAGACUGGUAGCUCUAAGACAUACACACUCCAUCACAGCUGAGAUCUACUUUAUAAGACAGUUGUCAAUUCAGUGAGCCACAGAGAUAUGAAACUGGCCUUGGAAGUUGGUCACAUAUUGCGAAAUUAAGAAUAAGUACUUCUUUGUCCAUUAAUAUAUAGAGGGAACUAUAUGUUCUUCUAACUCACUAGAUCACAUUUUCAAUUUUAAUAUCCAAAAAUUGUUUUUUUUAGGUUAAUUCUGCAUUGGAUUCCACACAGUCCCCCCAUGAAGCCAUAGGUUCUGUGGGCGGGACUGUAUUGAAAAGGUCGGACUUCAUGUCCUUAGGAUUGGACCAAGAAGUCGAGGCAACAAUAGCCAACUGUUGCUUUUCAAUGAUAUGUAAAAUUGCGGCACAGCAGGGAAAGGAUGUCCAUGCUGUUGAUGCUUAUGUGGUGGCUCUCAAUGCGGACCCAUUGUUGUCUCUACCUUCAGAUGCAGCAUCAAAAGAUUGUAUCCUUUUCCCCGUAUGGAAACCAGGACACUGGCUCCUAUGUGUUCUCAAGCCAAAAGUUAAGAGGAUUCACAUUCUCGACUCCUCUGACCCUAGUGCUCGUGGAGAUAUUGAGUGUUUAUCCAUGAUCAGCAUGCUUGCUACAAGGCUUGUUCCAGGAUCCUGGAUAAUUGCUAGAAAUGAGGCUGUUCCAGUACAGUUUGGGAGUUCUGACUGUGGAGUAUUCAUGCUUAUGUAUGCACUAUAUGUUGCCCAUGAAUGGACCUUCGACUUCACUCAGCAUGAUAUGCCUAGCAUAAGGAGAUGGUGGGAGAACCUCCUGAUCAACAACAUGACACAUGGAAGGAAGAGGAGAUAUGAUGAUAUCACUGGUCAGUGCAUGGAGCAGGAGUACCAGGGCCCUGAACAGGAGAACUCUGAAUAUUUGAUGUCAAAAGAUGAGGAGACUGUAGCUGCCAGGACAACUGGGCACCACUACAGGGACAGCAGAUUAUACCGUGACAGCUUGGAAGCGCAGAGAUGGUGCAAUGAACACAGGAACAAGUUUUGCGGAGAUGUUGCACCACCUCCGAUUCUAAACAUGUCUGAAGAGGAGAUGGAAGAGGCAUUUCAGAAACUGGACACCCUCAGUAUACACACUGAUGAGGACGAAAGAUCUGAUGUGCUUAGAAACUUUGGUUUUUCGUUUACUGAUCUGAAAGACAUGGCUUUUUUUUAGAUAAUGUCAGAGAAAAAAUGGGCAAAAGAGUCUCCUGCGAGUUAAUUUAAGUUUUUAUUUUAAUUCAUUAUUUUCUUUCAAAUUAUUUUCUUUCAAAGCUUACCAGAUGCCUGUGCUGGUUGAUAUCACAUUAGGAGUGUUUUUUUUUUCAGCAUCUUUUUAUUUCAUUUAUUUAUACUUUUGCAAAAUACUGUUUGUUUUAUUCUGAUUCAUUUAUUCUGUGUUCAAAUAAAAUCCAUUUGUAGAAAGGG